AUGAACUUGAAUUUAAAAAUAAUCAAGCCAAAACUAGUAUUACUUGAGCUUGCAAAGAGUCUUGGCAGUAUAUCAUCCGCAUAUAAAGCCAUGGGAUAUAGUAGGGAUAGUUACUAUAGAUUUAAAGAACUAUAUGAAACAGGUGGCGAAGAAGCUUUAUACGAGAUUAGUCGUAAGAAACCUAUAAUAGCUAACAGAGUUGAUCCUACUAUAGAGAAAGCAGUGCUUGAUAUGGCGAUAGAAUAUCCAGCAUACAGUCAACUUCGCGUAUCUAAUGAAUUGAAACGCAAAGAGAUAUUAGUGUCACAAGGAGGUGUUAGAUCAAUAUGGCUUAGAAAUGAUCUAAGCAAUCUAAAGAAACGCUUAGUAGCAUUAGAGAAGAUGGCGCAAGAUGGUAUUCUUCUUACGGAAGCUGAAAGUUUUAGACUGAAAAAGAAGCUUAUGGAGAGAUAG